ACUGCCCUCUCAUCCUCUCUUCCCACAAUUUGCAAACGAUCUAUUUGACCAGCCAGCUUAUCUGCAUCCUCGCUCUCGGGCCGGCGAUGCUGUACACCGUUCGGUUCCUGUGCUCUGUCGUUGACGCCUUCGCGAGCUUCGUGCGCGAGCUCCUCAAGGCAGUCGUCGUCGACAUGGCGUGCUCCCCGGUUGUUGUCCCCGUGCCCGCUGCAGCGGUGCCCCCCGCCGGCCUGGUGGCCGCCACGCAACUCUCGCUGAGGAGGAAGGCGCGUGCCCCGGUCGCCGUCCAGGAGCAGCUGCGUCUGCUGGUCACGCCACCGCCGGUGGUUGCUCCAGCGGCGUGCGAUGACGACCUCGGUGGUUGCACUGUGGAAGAGCAGCAAGCUGAGGGAAAGAAGAGGAAGAAGGCGGCGUGGGCGGCGACGAGGAGGCCGUCGAGUCUGGUCAUACCGGUGGCGGAUGACGCCGGCGAGGUGCCCGCCGGCUGGGGUGUGGCUGCGGCGCCGGAGGCCGAGGUGGCUGUCGAAGGGGAGGUCUUUUGGCUGGCGAGCAGGGCGGGACCGAAGCAUGCAAUGGAGGACGGCUAUGGGGUGAUCACCCACAAAAACGAUGGAGAUUCCCAACUGGCAUUCUACGGUGUGUACGACGGGCACGGCGGCCGCGCGGCGGUGGACUUCGUCUCCGAGCGUCACGGCAGGAACGUCGUCUCCGCAGUGCUCGCCGCGGGAACUGAGGAGGACGACGUGUCGGCGGCGAUCAGAGCCGCCUACUUGAAGACUGACAGCGAACUCCUCACCCAGCUGCAGGGUGCAAGCGGUGGUGCAUGCGCCGCGACGGCGCUGGUGAAGGGCGGCGACCUCUACGUGGCGAACCUGGGCGACUGCCGCGCCGUGCUGAGCCGCGACGGCGCCGCGGCCGCGCUAACGGCCGACCACACCUGCGCGAAGGAGGAUGAGCGGGCCCGCGUCGAGAGGGAGGGCGGCUACGUGAGCCGCAGCGGCAGCGGCGUGUGGCGGGUUCAGGGCAGCCUCGCCGUGUCGCGCGCAUUCGGCGACGGUGGCCUGAAGCAGUGGGUCGUCGCCGACCCGGCGGUCACCAGGGUGCCCCUGAGCGCCGGGUGCGACUUCCUCGUCAUCGCGUCCGACGGGCUCUGGGACAAGGUGAGCAACCAGGAGGCCGUUGACGCCGUCUCGAGGAGCAGGGCGACAUCUUGCAGGGAGCUGGUGGACAUGGCGCGCCGAAGGGGGAGCCGAGAUGACGUCACUGUCAUGGUCGUCGACCUCCAGAGUUUCGUACCAUAGAAGUGACGACUGACGACGGAGCUGAGGCACUAACUGUGCACUGAGAGAUCAACCUUCACUAAUUUGGUUGCAGCAACUAGAUAGCUUGGUUUUGACCGGGGAGUGCUGAAGGUGGUGAAGCAGAGGACGAGAGCUCCUUGAUUGUUUGAUUGCCUGUAGAUACGUAGCAUCCAGUUUGGUUCAUCGCUGGAGGAAUUUUGAGCUUUAGAUCCCCCUCCCCCCACCCUCUCCCUUUUCUGAAUGUAAAUAGAUUUUGGCUGUCCGGAAAAGUCCAAAUUUUGGUCACGGUGAAAAUUGUUUAGUUUUAAAUUGUGGUUUGUUUGUCUGAAUUCACUCUUCCAGUCUGAUCUGGCGGAUAUAUAUACACAUCUUUAGUCUGGUCCGGUAGA